UAAAGAACAACCCAUAGCGCGUGGUUGUAGCUACCCUGAGAACUCUUUCCAGACAUGAAGAUGCCGUAGACGAUAAGACGCUAGUCUAAGCUUCUCAAUCUGCGUCCUAUCUCAUUGAAGAUGAACCUUGGCGAGAAGACGCGAGGAAGUGUCACUGUCGAUGAAAAAACAAGCAUCAGCUCUAUCAGUGUGUCAAGUGGGGAUGAAGCUCUCAAGAUUGUCGGAACAGAGCGCACUGCCAAGUUCGGUGACGAGUAUAACCUCAAAUUGAGAAAGAAGCUGGAUAAGCUUAUCCCCCCACUUUGCGCAGCUGUGUAUUUUACGCAGUUUUUGGACAAGACUUCACUGAAUUAUGCCAGUAUAAUGGGCCUGCCGAUUGCAGGACAGCCUUACAAUCUGGUGUCCAUGGGCUUUUACCUUGGUUUUCUUUUCUGGGAAUUUCCGACCGUUUACAUUUCACAGAAAUUGCGGGCCGCUAAAUACCUCGGUGUCAAUGUUGUUGUAUGGGGCGCCAUUCUGAUGCUCCACGCUGUUGGUACAUCUUUCCCGGCGUUUUUUAUUCUUCGAAUCAUUCUUGGAAUGUGUGAAAGCUGUGUUGCGCCGAUACUGAUACUGAUCAUUUCGAUGUUCUACAAGAAGGACGAGCAAGCCACUCGUAUAUCUUGGUUUUACUUCAUGAACGGACUGACCCAAAUAUUUGGUGGAUUUGUGGCAUACGGGGUCUCUUUCGACGAAGGUCGUUUGCUAGCCCCCUACAAGAUCAUCUACAUUCUACUAGGAGGUCUUGCAAUCAUAGUUGGCCUCUGCGUUCUUAUAUGGCUUCCGGAUUCGCCUGUACACGCGCAUUUUCUGACAGCUGAGGAGCGAGUCGCGUGUCUAGAGAGAGUAAGAGAUGAUCAGGGUGGGACGGAAAGCAAAAAGUUGAAGAAGGACCAAGUAAUUGAGGCGCUCACUGAUGUCCGGACGUGGCUCAUUGUGCUGACGACACUGUUGACGAGCAUUCCAAACGGCGGUCUGAGUAACUUUAGCAAUAAAAUCAUCGAAGGUUUUGGCUACACGCCUAAGCAGACGUUGAUACUAUCCACUCCGGCUGGUGCAGUUUCUGCCCUCACUACACUGCUCUGUGGAUGGUGGUCGGACAAAAAGGGAGAGAGAAUGAUGCCUAUCGUUAUUUGCCUCAUUCCCACCAUCGUCGGCGCGGCCAUGCUCAUCGGUUUAAAUAGCUCCGGAGAGAAAGGCGCUCUGCUAUCUGCCACAUAUCUCAUCGGAACAUAUGGGAGUUCCUUGUCGACUGUAUAUGCGUACAAUGCGAGCAACACCAGCGGUCACACCAAAAAGAGCACAAUCAAUGCCAUGACUCUUGCGUCCUUUAGUCUCGGAAACAUAAUCGGUACUGAAAUAUUCCAAGAUAAAGACGCACCUACAUAUAUUCCGGGAAAGAUCGCUAUCAUGGUGCUUCUUACAGUACAAAUCUUCGUAUGCUUUGGGUUGAGAUGGAUUCAUUCCCGUCUCAACAAAACAAAGCAAACACUCAUUGCUGCAGAGAAGACCCGGAAGGGGUGGACGGAUGAAGAUGUCCAGAGGGAGCGAGAAAAACAUGCUUUCAUGGACUUGACAGACAAGCAGAACAUGUAUUUUGUCUACACUUCUUAGUACUGAAAUAACUGUUGAAGAUGCUCUAUUGGAAUAUGAAGGAAAAGCAGCGGU